AUGGUGGUUACCAGGCGACUAAUCGCCUUUCUGGCGUUCAUUGUGAUAUGUGUGGCAGAUACUAACUUUGUUAACGAACCCAUUGAUGGAGUAGAUUCACUGCAACCUGAAUUACAACUGGACGCGGAAGAAAGUGGACUAAUUCGGGUUAUUAGGGGUACUUGCUGUGGUGGUGGCUAUGGAGGUCGAGGUGGCGGACGGGGUGGCGGAUUUGGUGGCGGACGGGGUGGCGGAUUUGGUGGUGGCGGUGGAUUUGGUGGUGGCGGCGGAUUCGGAGGUGGUGGUGGAUUUGGAGGCGGUUUCGGAGGUGGAUUCGGUGGAGGAAAAGGAGGCGGAUACGGAAGUAAGGGAGGAUGCUGCGGAUAA